AUGGCAGUCAUAGUGGAAGGUAGGAAUAGUGGUAGAUUGGUGAUAGUGGAGAUGGGUGUUUUUCCAGUGUUCUUCAUUUUGUCAGGGCCAAGAUCUCAUCUUAUUUCCACUAGAUUCAGCAUCCUCUCCGGCGAUAGCCUCUUAGAUGAGCUAGAUCUAGGAGAUUUCUCUCCGAAUUUUUUAGCUCCUACUAUAGAAGAGGUUACCAAUAAGGAUGUUGAUGAAGAUGACAACUAUGAGAAGGCAAAUGAUGUGGCGUUGAAGCAUUUUUGGCACUUAUUAUUUGUCAUCAAAUUUCCAGUAUUGUUGCAGUUAUUAACACAGGGUAUGAUGGUCUCCGGAAAUGGGGUCAGUGGCCUGUCCAAAUUAGGCAUAAAAACGCUCCCUGAGAGAUACAUCUUACCCCCAAAAGACAGACUUGACCAGAACAAAGUAGUUCUUGAAGAGUCGAUACCAAUUAUUGAUGUAUCCAACUGGGAUGAUCCAGAAGUUGCAGGCUCAAUCUGUGAGGCUGCAGCCAAGUGGGGUUUCUUUCAAAUCAUUAAUCAUGGCAUCCCACUUGACAUUCUUGAAAAUUUAAAGGCAGCUGUGCACAAGUUCUUUGACUUGCCAAAUGAGGAAAGGAGAAAGUAUUUGAAGGAAAACUCACCUAGUCCCACUGUGCAUUUGAACACUAGUGUUAAUCCUUUAGUUCACAAGGUUUACAAAAUAGCAACACAGUCAACACUAGCACUGGAUCACACACUGAGAAAGAAGUUUAUUGUAUUGCUAAGUGUUGCUUCUAUUAUCCUUGCUCACUAUCCCAUAUGUCCACACCCUGAGCUCGUUUCUGGGGCUGGUCGACAGUCUGAUAUUUCGAGUAUCACUAUCCUCCUUCAAGAUGAUGUAGGUGGCCUUUACGUGCAAGGAGCCAGAGCUGAUCAGUGGAUCCAUGUAAAUCCUGUUAAAGGGGCACUAGUAAUUAACAUAGGCGAUGUACUACAGAUUGUGAGCAAUGAUCGUUAUAAGAGCAUUGAGCAUCGGGUCAGUGUUAAUGCAAAAAGAAACAGGGUGUCAGUUCCUAUAUUUGUAAACCCUGUAGCCGAUGCAGUUGUUGGUCCAUUUCCAGAAGUCCUGGAGAACGGAGAGAAACCAAUCUAUAAGCAUCUUGUCUACUCAAGACUAUUUCAACUACUUCCUUAG